AUCGUGUGAUGUGUCAGAUUGCCACAUAAUAAACGAUUUUUUUUCUGUUUUUGUGGGAAGAAAUUGGGGCGUGAAAUAUUCUCAAAAUUCUGCGACUUGAGGCUUGUUUCGGGCAAACAUGACCGGAGUGCCAGUUGAUUCCGAUGAACUGCAAGAAAUUCAAAAUGCUCGUGAGCCGUUGCCGGAUGAAAUUCCGGCCGCAAAUGUUCGCUCCAGUCUAGCCGAAUUGGAAGUGCAAGCUUCGCAAGUGCUCAAUCGUUUGGAAUACAUUAAAACUACACAGGAACAGCAGCAACCGACGAAUCCGAUGUUUCAGCAAAUGCCGAUAGCACCGGGAUACUUACAAUCGGAUAGAAAACCAACCGCAGAAGUACUCUCCAGCUUGGAAAAUCUUAUCUCACAGUUGGAUCUGGACGAUGAGCCUGAAUUUGUUCUACCGCCGCUUGAUGAAUCUUCCCAACUGGCCGUUAUCACACAUUCUAUAACCGCUUACCUAUCGGCACUGGAAAGACAGCACCUGAAUCGUGUGGUGUCGAAAAUUGUAUCGGAUACCAAUCGUUGGCUCAGUCAUAUGUUCCGAUUCAUGGAUUGCAGCACUGGCUACUAUCGCGAGAGCGCCGAAUGCAUUCUCAAUGCACUGAGGCUGGCCAUUGCGAAUCGUUUUUCAGAGUCCACUGAAAAUCGAUUGACCCAGUUACAGAAUGCUACGCUUUACAUUUCCGAAGUUAGCUCACUGUUUGCCCUACAACAUACUUGUCGCUUUAUUGGGCUUCCUGUGUCGAAUAUCCGCGUUGUUCCGUGCCACACAAUGUUCGGUGCGCGUGGAAUUAUGGAUGCUUCAGAGUUGCAGAAAAUUAUUGCAACCGAUGUCGAAGCAGGAAAGUUUCCGCUCUUCAUAAUAGCCGAUUUGGGUUCGUCGGUUUGCGGAGAUGUGGAUAAUUUAGCGUUGAUUAAAAACGUUUGCAAUUUGAACAAUAUAUGGUUGCAUUGCCAGGGCCACUGUCUAGCUGCUUUGGCCGUUACGAAAGGGACUUUGUCGGGUGUAAACAUGAAAUCCAUUCCCGAUUCCAUAACAAUAAACUUCGGGAAUUGGUUGGGCAUCACGGGAGUGCCGUGCGUUCUGUUGUAUCGACACAUUCCCGUGAGUGCCCUGACGAUGUACGAUGUCGAUCCAAUUUUGUCUAAUCGACUCUUCGCGGUCAGUUUGUGGACCAUUAUGCAAACGAUGGGAGCAAAUUCAAUAAGCGACCGGAUUUUCAUGGCAUUCGACUCCUGUCGGCAGGUGCACGAGAUUCUGAGCAGAAUUGAAGGGAUAAGAAUAUUGAGUAAAGCCCCUCGCCAUGAAGCUGGUAAAUCGUUCCGUGCUUUACUGAACAAUCCUAUCAGUUAUAAUACACUUUUCGAAACGGCCGUUCCUGUAGUAGUAUUCCAGUUUGACGGUCGCUCUGUGAAUGAAGAACAUAACGAAAAUGAUAAUGGCUCUGUUACAUCUCCGCAUGAUGAAUCUACACUGAAUGUAAAUGGUUCAGGUGUAGAAGCCCAGAAAAUUGACGGUGUUACGAAAUCAACCAAUGACGUUAUAGGGAAAACGAUAGAAAAAAUUUCUAACUCUUCCUACUUCGACCGUCUGAACGGUUGGCUGGGUCAGAUCCUGUUGCGGGAUUGUGCCCAGCUCAAUCUGGAAAUUAUCAAUCACCCAGUGUAUGGCACUUGCAUCCGCUACUCCCCGUUUGCUCCAGGCUAUGGAGAGCUGUUACCACUGAAUGAAGUGAUAGAAAACGUCGCACAGUUCAUUGAAGCACAAAUCGAGAUACUUACGGCUACUGUGAAGCACAGAAACCGUUUCAAUAAGCUUGUCGAGGAGAGCCCCGUGUUGCGGUUAAUCGAGCUGAACGAUUGGGCUGGUCUGGGAAGUGUGCAUUAUGUGCCCGAAGGUUGGGAAACGUUACUAACUGAUCAGGCUAAAACAGAGCUUAACAGACUCAACACAGCGCUGGUGGAAAUGUUGAAGGCUCAUGACGGAGCUUUCUCUUUGGGUGAAGGAAGCGAUGGAUUGAUUUGUGUGCGCUUCGGGAUGGUAACGAGCGAAACGGACGUAGAAGAACUGCUAGAUUUGGUCAUUCAAACCGGUCAGAAAAUUCAAGAGAAUUCCAAAAUCCUUGACACGAUGUCCGAAAUACUGAAGAAGGGUAUCGAAGCGGCCACUAUCGACCUACAGCGAGAGGCCGAUGAAAAACUAUGGCAGGAUGGUAUACUCCGCCAGGUACCCCUCGUUGGUCGUGUCGUGAAUUGGUGGUCUCCGCCAGCUAAAGAAGGUGGCGUUAAAGGUCGCAGCUUGAACCUCACACAAGGAGUUGUCGAGAGUACGGAGAAUAUAUACAAAUACCAUAUGCAGAUGACCGCAAAAGCCAAUCAGUUGCCUGGUAACAAAAAUCCGCCCACGCCGCUGGUUCAAACCCCAAUAAGUGCUGACAGCAAAAGUCUACAUUCCCGGAAUGCAAGUUCCAGUAGUCAGCAAUCGAGUGGUACGAUCGACAAAACAAUUCCCCAGCAGCAACAACAAGGACAACACACGACGGAAACUACGGUGUCAUAAAUGUUGGUAAUGUAUUCACAAAAGCUUAAAUUGUUAGUAAUUUCCUAGUUAAAAAAAAACAACAACAAAAAAUCUAUCGAUUUUUUUAACCAAAGUCGUAACCGUUAUACUUGCGAACAUUAGGCGCUGAUGAACAAGAAUAGAGAAAUAGCUUUUAGAAUGUCCCGCUGAUGCACCACAGAAGCACUUUUUCUUCAUAGAAAGUGUAUUGUGUGUAUUCUUUGGUUCAUAGGAAUUAUGCAAUAAAAUAUGGCACUUAUUUAUUUUAAUUGAGUAUUAAUAUAAUCACUGAGAUCAUGUAAUAUAUUAUAUUU